AUGGGUGUCCACUGGCAAGACUUUGCACUGGCACUGGCCAUCCUGCUCUGGCUCGGAAUCGGCGGCAACGCGGCUCCGAGUCCGUCUCUCCAACCAUGCCCGGACCCUUCCUCGCAGAGCGAUGUAUUCGACUUUGUGGUCGUUGGUGCGGGAGCGGGUGGUGGCCCUCUUGCUGCGCGGCUGGCAGAAAACGGGUAUUCUGUCUUCCUUGUCGACGCCGGAAACAAUGUGACUGGGUUUAACUCGACUCUACCUGCGUAUUGGCCGAGAGCGACUGAAGAUUUGGCAACGUCGUUGGGGUACAAUGUCACGGAGUAUAGCACUCCAGGGUCACAAGUAUCUUGGUACCCGCGUGCAGCUGCCCUUGGAGGCUCAACAAUCCACAAUGCCAUGAUCAACAUAAUUGCCGGAACGCGUGGGGACUUUGACGCUCUCGCGAGCAUGUUCAGCGACCCGUCUUGGUCCAGAGACAACAUGCAGAACUAUUUCAAAAAGAUCGAGAAAAAUGAGUAUGCGCUCUUGGAUGUCGCCAACCAUGGGUUUAAUGGGUGGAUGGAGACGACCUUGCUGCCCGAUCUAAACCUGUUGCACAAUCUAGACGUGUUGGAUCCACAGUUACUCUCAAUCUUCGCAACGCUCACUCUACUCUCCGGUCACCCGACGAUAUCAGACCUGAACGACCUCGCUUCGGACGGUACAGCCGGCAUCACCUCCCCAAGCUUCACCAUCGACACCAACCACAUCCGUUCAUCCGUUUAUAAUCGACUGAACGCCGCAAAGGCGGCCCGGAGCAAUCUAAACAUCACCCUCGACACCCUCGUGACGAAGGUCCUCUUGUGCAAUGGCUCGGACAGCCUUCCCACAGCCUAUGGCGUCGAAAUUGCGCCGGGUGCGGCGCUUGCUGUGUCUGGACAUUUUCAGGGCAAGCAAAACCUCGCAGUCCGACAGGUGAUGGCAAGACACGAAGUCAUCCUUUCUGCGGGCGUAUUCCAAAGUCCCCAGAUUGUGCGUGGCUCUCCUAGAAUCUCACCGUCUUCGCUAACGAACAUAUCAGCUCAUGGUAUUCUACAAUCGGCGCAACUCGCCCAAUUUGGUAUUGACACAGUGGUUGAUGCACCCGGAGUAGGGUCCAAUCUGCAAGACCACGACGAGAUCGCUAUUGCCUGGAAGAUGAAGAACGACUUUGUCCUUCUCGAGGGCUGCAAGUUUCUUUCUGACCCGACCCUUGACCCGUGCUUGGAGGACUGGAUCACGUCAGACCACCACAACAUCUAUUCAUUCAACCCAGUUUUGAACGCCAUCGUCGACAAGUCGAACCGCGACGCGUCUGCGACGGCGCCUGAUAUAUUUACGUACAUCGCGCCCGCAUAUUUCGAGGGAAUUGUUCACGGCAUGACUCAAAAAGUCAUUGACAACCCAAAUGGAUUCUCGGCGAUUGUUCUCCUCACACAUCCGUCUUCAAGAGGCUCCGUCAAGCUCACUGGAUCCCAUCCUCAGGACGCGCUCGACAUCGCCAAACGACAUUUCGAAGCCCCUGAUGAUGCUGGGACACGUGACCUACAAGCGUUGGUCCUGGGCCUCCAGCGAAUGCAGGCGUUAGUCAAUGACUCGCCUGGCAUUGCUACAUUCGUGGAAGAGCAGGCGUUCCCUCCCGCCGGAGCAAAUUUGACUCAACACGUCUUGGACCACAUUUUCGGACAUCACGCAUGUUGCACGAAUGCGAUGGGGGCAGAUGGAGACCCUCAGGCGGUACUGGACGGCGACUUCCAGGUUAGGAAGACAAGUCGCUUGCGCGUGGUCGAUCUGAGCUCGUGGGCGAAUGUGCCGGGGUACUUUGUGACGACGCCGAUGUAUAUGAUGUCAGAGAAGGCGGCUGAUAGUCUGAUAGCAGACGCAAAAGCACGGAGCGGGUGA